CAACUAGCUAGCAACAACCAGGCUGUUGGUUCAUGACAGCUACCCUCAUCCUCAGCCUUCACCAGCUUAUCUCUGUGCACAACCCGAGUUUCUUAUGACAUCCUUUAAAUUCGGAGAACACAUCCCACUAUGUUUGAGGAUCCUGAUCUCCAAGAUCCACUGUCGCUGAGUCUAAAUGAAAACUACAAUGACCAGAAUUCACAGUAUCCUGAUUCAAAAAAAGCACAAGGAAGUCCUGAGAAUCGCUGUGAGACUCCAGAGAUUCAAGUAAUCAUCAAAGAGGAGGAGGAUGGCUGGACUGCAAGUGAAAAUAACGAAAGCUUCGGUUCACAGCAAGAAAAGGAGGAUGCCUCCACACCUGUGUAUAAUCCCCACCUCACAGCAAGUGGGAAGGAGUGCUCUAUUUCAUACGGAGAAAAGAGACAGCAGAGAGGAUAUUUGGUGGAGAAAUGGUCGGAAGAACCUGGUGGCCCUGUUGUUUAUGCACAGAGCUCCUCUUCAAGAGAGGAGAGGCAGAGACGCACCAUUAUGGACCAUGAUGAGAAACCUAAGAUUUCCUUUAAAUGUGGAAACAAUCCUGGAAAUGUGGAUCAGUGCAAUAAUACAGAACAAGAGAGCACCUUCUGUGCUUUAAGGAACACAAGACCCCAGCAGAGAGCACAUGAAGGGGAUAAAUGUUAUACUAAAGACCAGAGCCUGGAUUUGAGACGAAGCACAUCUCUGCCAGCAGAAGCAGAGCUACAAGAGACCAAACAAUCCUCACCUUGCCAAAUGGAUUCUCCAGAGUCUAAGUCCCAGAUGUCUCAUGGACUUAGGAGGGAAUCUGCAAACUUAGAGGACCAAACACUCCAUUUGACUGUCAGACUGCGGGCAGGGGACGAAGAGGAAGAGGAGGAGGCACAAGAGGAGGAACAAGAUGAAGAAAUCAGUGGUUUAAUCAACUCUGAUGGAGAAGUGGUGGAGUGGGAUGCCAGAGACAGUCCCGACAGAAGCUCAGAUUGCACAGAAAGCUCUCGGCCAAGCAAGUCUCAGCAGCAAGAUCAGAACCAGAGAGACAGCAGCAGUCCAACACUCAUCAUGGAGGUUGUGUCCGGAGGGGAGGAUGAAGAGAGGGAAGAAGAGAGAGUGGCAAAGAUGGUGCCAUCAUCGACUGCAUAUCCUGGAAAGAGAGCAAGAAGGCAGAAGACGUCGACAGAGACAGCAGCAGUGGCUUUGGAUGUCUUAGAUGCAGACAAAGAAGUUUCUUCAACUCCUCCAAAAAGACGAGGCAAGCGAAGGAGUUCAGAAGUUCCUUUGUUGUCUGUAGAAGAAAUGGAGGAAGACCCAGGAAUGUCAAGGCGUACCCGUGGAAAGAGAAAUGCCCCAAUCAUUGACGAACCAGAAGAGUUUGACUCAAAAACUCUCCGUAGGGUUGCUGCAAAGCGACCAUACAAAAGACGGAAAGACAUAAAACCAUCUAUUAAAGAAGAAGGAGAAAAAAAAGGAGGUUCUGCUGUGAAGAAGCGUCCUGGCAGAAAGAUGGUUCAGUACCCUGUAGAAAUCCCUCCUGAGCUCCUGAAGAAGCCAAAAGAGAAGAUAGAGUACCACUGCUCAGUUUGUGGCAAAGAAUUUCCUCACGCCUACAAACUAGAGCGGCACGAGCUGAUCCACACAGGAGAGAAACCGUACUGCUGCUCCAUCUGUGGGCGGGGUUUCAACCAGAAGGGCAAUCUCAAAACCCACUACAAAGUUCACUUAGGUCGUAAGGGUGCUUUGGAUUUCGCAGAAGAGAUAAACCCCAUAGCAACAGAACUCUCUGAAUACUUGAAGUCUCUGCCUGGUGAAUCAAGGAUCAGAUCAUCUCUCCGUUGCCUUGAAUGUGGAAAAGAAUGUGAGAGUCAGUCAGCUUUACAAGCACAUCACAUUACCACACAUACAGGAACAGCUGGCGAAUCGAACACAGCUGAAGAAAACGCAGCACAGCUGCUGUUCUGCCGCCGCUGUGGCAUCCAGUUCAGUGACAAAGAAAAGCUGGAGGAACACAUGAAAACCCAUAUCAAGGAGAAGCGUUACUCAUGUCCAGACUGCGGUAAGAGAUUCAUCAACGAAAGCUACAUACAAGUCCACCAGCGCAUCCAUACUGGGGAGAAACCAUUCCUCUGCUCUCAGUGUGGGAGAGGUUUCCACACCGCUUCCUCUCUCAAAAUCCAUGAGAUGCAGCACUCUGGAGAGAGGCCGUUUGCUUGUGCCAUCUGUGGAAAAUCAUUCCGGAUAAACUCGUACCUUACAGCACAUUACCAGACCCACAUUAAAGACAGGCCUUUUAUCUGUAGCGUCUGUGGGAAAGGUUACUCUAGAGCAGAGGAACUGAAAGUGCACCACAGACUGCACACCGGAGAGAGACCCUACGAGUGUGGAGAGUGUGGGAAGAGCUUCAUUUACCGCCAGGGUCUGCGGCAGCAUCAGCGCACACAUGCUGGGAGACGCAUUGGGCCGACCAGACAGCUCGGGAGACCGAAGCAGGAGGCCAGGCUGGACAUCUAACAGCUGAUCUAUGAAUACAUUCUUUUAUUGAAAUAAAAUGCACUUUUUUCCUGCUCUUCUUCCUUUCAUUCCUCCUGCCUAAAGCAAAGACAGUUAUUGUGUCUAAAAAAUAUUUGUUAGAGUCUGUGUGGCUCUCCAAGAAUAAGACUGUUGUGUCGUCUUUCCUGUAUUCCUGUUUUGUACCUGUGUUUUUAUGUUCACUCUUCUCUAGUAGCCCGUCUGUACAAUUUCAGUGCCUUUGUAUCCUGCAUGCCAAAUACUAAUAUUUAAUGUCAGAAAAUAUGCACUAUAUCACUGGUAUUUUAAA